GUGGCCCUACCUGUGGCACGGUGGACAGCGCGAAGGCUGGGUGGCCGGGCAGGAGGUUGGACGUCUUCAAAGGAAGGGGACGUGAAGGUUAGAGGGCGCGCCGGAGCCUCGCGCUCCCCAGGCCGCUGGCCGUCCGGUGCCUUGGACCUUGGCCGCGGCCGCAGGUGCUGCGCUGAUAGUUUUCCAAAGUCCUCAGAUCCGCAGCCAUGGUGCCGCGCCUGGUGUCUCGCUGGCCGCUCGGCCUUCUCCGGGGCUGUCCGGGCUGGCGGCUGGCAGCCCGCGCUCCCGGAGCCCCAGGGGAGCAGAGCCGGCGACCCCGCGGCCCUCUCAAGGCAGGGGGUGCUGGCGACCCGGCCUGCAGGGGCUGCUCCUCCACCUCCCGGGCUCCUGAGGUGACUCCGACCCGGCUGCGCUACCCUGUGCAGCGACUGCCCUUCUCGGAGGUGUCGGCGGAGGACCUGGCCGCCUUUGAACGCAUCGUGCCCGGCAGGGUCAUCACAGACCCACUCGAGCUGGAGGCCUCCAACGUGGAUUGGCUGAAGAUGGUGCGAGGCUGCAGCCAGGUGCUGCUGAGGCCGCGGACGACAGACGAAGUGUCUCACAUCCUCAGGCACUGCUAUGAGAGAAACUUGGCUGUGACCCCACAGGGGGGCAAUACAGGCAUGGUGGGGGGCAGUGUCCCCGUCUUUGAUGAGAUCAUCCUGUCUACUGCCCUCAUGAACCAGGUCCUCAGCUUUCACAGCGUGUCUGGCAUCCUGGAGUGCCAGGCGGGCUGCAUCCUGGAGGAGCUCAGCCAGUACGUGGAGGCACGGGACUUCAUCAUGCCGCUGGACCUGGGUGCCAAGGGCAGCUGCCACAUUGGGGGCAAUGUGGCCACCAAUGCAGGUGGCCUGCGAUUUCUGCGAUACGGCUCGCUGCGUGGGACUGUGCUGGGCCUGGAAGUGGUGCUGGCAGAUGGUACCAUCCUGAACUGCCUCACUUCCCUGCGGAAGGACAACACGGGCUAUGACCUGAAGCAGCUCUUCAUAGGCUCAGAAGGCACCCUGGGGGUCAUCACUGCCGUGUCCAUCCUGUGUCCCCCUAGACCCAAGGCCGUGAAUGUGGCAUUCCUGGGCUGCCCAGGCUUCACCGAGGUCCUGCAGACCUUCACCACCUGCAAGGCGAUGGUAGGUGAGAUCCUCUCUGCAUUUGAAUUCAUGGAUGCAAAGUGCAUGGAGCUGGUCAGGCAGCACCUUGGUCUGGCCAGCCCGGUGCAAGACAGCGCCUUCUAUGUCCUGGUCGAGACGUCAGGCUCCAGUGCAGAACAUGACACCGAGAAGCUGGGUCACUUCCUGGAGCAUGUGCUGAGCUCCGGUCUGGUAUCUGAUGGUGCUGUGGCCACUGACCAGAGGAAGAUCCAGACUCUCUGGGCACUGAGAGAGAGGAUCACGGAGGCGCUGAGCCAUGAUGGCUAUGUGUACAAAUACGACCUCUCGCUGCCUGUGGAGCGGCUCUACGACCUUGUGACUGAUGUGCGUGCCCGGCUCGGCCCCAGUGCCAAGAACGUGGUGGGCUAUGGCCACCUGGGGGACGGCAACCUGCACCUCAAUGUGACAGCGGAAGCCUUCAGUGCCUCGCUACUGGGAGCCCUGGAGCCUUAUGUGUAUGCAUGGACAGCCGAGCAGAGGGGCAGUGUGAGCGCGGAACAUGGCUUGGGCUUCAAGAAGAGGGACGUCCUGGGCUACAGCAAGCCGUCUGCCGCGGUGCAGCUCAUGCGACAGCUCAAGCUCUUGCUGGACCCCAGGGGCAUUCUGAACCCCUACAAGACACUCCCUUCCCAGGCCUGAUGGGAGCCCCUCCCUGCCCCAGGCCCUCCCAGACAGGUGGGUGGGCAGCUUCCUCCUCAGCUGCUUGUGGCUUCUGGUGUCCACCCUGGGGGUCCUUGUGGGGCUGUGCUGAGCAGUCAGAGUGUGAGCGAGCACUUCCUCUCUGGCUCUCGUGAGUCCCCAGUAAACAGCUGCAUUGGCCACAGG